CAGCACCACCACCUGCAAUCGGCUUCCCCUUCUCCCCUUCCGUCUCUUCCUCCCCCAUUCCAUCACAUCCACGACAAACCCGAACCCUAGCUGUCUCCGUGCUAGGGCCGCCGCCGCCGCCGCGCGCCGCGACUAGAGCGUCGCCGCACCACUCGCUCCCCAGCCAUCCCCGAGAUCGGCGCCGUCGCUAGCUUUUGGCGGCGGAAUCUGAGGAUGCGGGGGCGUCGGGGCAUGGGGCUCCAUGGCUGAGGAUGCCUGUGCUGCGUAGCGCGGCGAGGAGGGCCCGAGAGGCGCAAGAUAAUCCGGCGGCGGCGGGGACACCGACCCCACCGCCGGCGGGGACACCGACCCCACCGCCGGCGAGGAGACGAAGGGCGGCGAGGAGGAAGGAGCCAGAAGGCGCCGUAGAGGCUGCUCCGGAGGUGGAAGAGAGGAAGGAGGAGGAGAUCGAGUUCGCGGAUUUCGAAGGGGGAGGCGGCGGCGAGAAGCAGAUGGACGACCCGGACAGCGGGGCGCGCAGCGCCGACAAACAGGCCGUCGAGGAUGAGGGGAAUACUACUCCAGUCCCUGAUACGGUCCAGGUGGGCAAUUCACCUAAGUAUAGAGUUGACAAAAAACUUGGCAAGGGAGGAUUUGGCCAAGUAUAUGUUGGCCGCCGCAUGUUAGCUAACGGUCCAGGUGCUGCUGAGGUGGCGUUAAAGUUUGAACACAGGACCAGUAAAGGAUGCAACCAUGGGCCCCCUUACGAAUGGCAGGUUUACAACACCCUUGGCGGCAUUCACGGGGUACCUCGAGUCCACUACAAAGGGCGUCAAGGCGAAUACUAUGUUAUGGUUAUGGAUAUGCUGGGACCCAGUCUUUGGGAUGUUUGGAAUAAUAAUUCUCACACAAUGUCUGUUGAGAUGGUUGCAUGCAUCGCUAUUGAAGCUAUCUCCAUUCUUGAGAAAAUGCAUUCAAAAGGAUAUGUUCAUGGGGAUGUCAAACCUGAAAAUUUCUUGCUAGGACCUAUUGGAACUCCUGAAGAAAAGAGACUCUUCCUCGUUGAUCUUGGAUUAGCUACCAAGUGGAAGGAUAGUUCAACUGGCCAACAUGUUGAGUAUGACCAGCGACCUGAUGUUUUCAGGGGGACAGUUCGCUAUGCCAGUGUUCAUGCACAUCUAGGGAGAAUAGGUAGCAGGAGGGAUGAUUUAGAAUCUCUAGCUUAUACGCUAGUCUUCCUUCUACGAGGACGUCUACCUUGGCAAGGUUAUCAGGGUGAAAAUAAGGGCUUCCUUGUGUGCAAAAAGAAAAUGGCCACGUCUCCAGAAUCUCUGUGUUGUUUUUGCCCACAACCCUUUAGGGAGUUUGUAGAGUAUGUGGUCAACUUGAAGUUUGAUGAAGAACCUAACUACGCAAAGUGUAUAUCCCUUUUUGAUACUGUAGUGGGCCCAAAUCCAGAUAUUAGACCAAUUAACACUGAUGGUGCCCAGAAGCUUAUACAUCAAGUUGGCCAGAAGAGAGGUCGCUUAUUGAUGGAAGAAGAGACAGAUGAACAACCAAAGAAGAAAAUCAGGAUGGGGAUGCCCGCAACGCAGUGGAUUAGUGUUUAUAAUGCCAGACGGCCUAUGAAACAAAGGUAUCACUACAAUGUUGCAGAUUCAAGGCUUGUACAACACAUUGACAAAGGGAAUGAAGAUGGUCUCUUUAUCAGUUGCAUAACAUCUUGCUCCAAUCUCUGGGCACUAAUCAUGGAUGCUGGUACUGGGUUCACUUCUCAGGUUUAUGAGCUUUCGCCACAUUUUCUUCACAAGGAAUGGAUUAUGGACCAAUGGGAAAGGAACUAUUAUAUAACUGCACUUGCAGGAGCAAAUAAUGGCAGUUCCCUGGUAGUGAUGUCAAAAGGAACAAUGUAUACACAGCAGUCCUACAAGGUAAGUGAUACUUUCCCUUUCAAAUGGAUAAACAAGAAAUGGCGAGAUGGUUUCUAUGUGACUUCCAUGGCAACAGCUGGAAGUAGAUGGGCAGUUGUUAUGUCACGUAACGCUGGAUUUUCUGAUCAGGUUGUUGAACUGGAUUUCCUGUACCCCAGUGAGGGAAUUCACAAGAGAUGGGACAAUGGUUAUCGGAUAACUGCAACUGCUGCUACCUGGGAUCAAGCUGCAUUCGUUUUAAGUGUACCAAGAAGGAAGCCUACAGAUGAAACUCAGGAGACACUGAGGACAUCUGCUUUCCCUAGUCAACAUGUGAAGGAGAAAUGGUCCAAGAAUCUCUACCUUGCAUCAGUAUGCUAUGGACGUACUGUAUCCUAGGAAUCUUGCCAUCUUGUUGAAGCAAUUUCGAGUUCUUGCAUUGGUCUCUGCGCACAGUGCAGCGGCUUCUGUGGUGCUGGCAAGUUCUGAAUGCUACUUAGCGUUACCCUGAGACCCUGACUAUCGUGCUGUUGUGAAGAUAUUUAAUGGUUAUCCUUCUUAAUUAUAGAAGAGCGUGUACAGUAGUAAAUGUUUUGUAGCUCGUGUAAUCGUUUAUGUAGUGUACUGUUUAACUGUAGUGCAAGGCGUUGUCAGAUGUGUACACCUGCCCAAUAUGAUUGAACUCCUAUCUAAUCGUGCCAGAGCCUGAUGUUCCUGCUCGCGACUCUUAU